GUCUACUCCGGGGUGGUGCUAAGCCGGCGCCAGACAGACCCUCGACUCCGGAGGGGUAGCGCGGUGCCUCUGGCCGCUCCCUCGUCGGCUUCCUCAGCGUCUUCGUCCUCCUCGGCCGCCUUACCGUCCGCGGGGCCCCGAGACCCUGGUGUAUGCCCCACCCUUGACCCUGCUAGAGACAUGUCCACCCCGGCUCGGCGGCGCCUUAUGAGGGACUUCAAGAGGCUGCAGGAAGAUCCCCCGGCUGGAGUCAGUGGGGCUCCGUCUGAGAACAACAUCAUGGUGUGGAACGCGGUCAUUUUCGGGCCCGAAGGGACCCCAUUUGAAGACGGAACAUUUAAACUUACAAUAGAAUUCACUGAAGAAUAUCCAAAUAAACCACCUACAGUUAGAUUUAUCUCUAAGAUGUUUCAUCCAAAUGUCUAUGCAGAUGGUAGUAUAUGUCUGGAUAUACUUCAGAACCGUUGGAGUCCAACCUAUGAUGUGUCUUCCAUCUUAACAUCCAUACAGUCUCUACUGGAUGAACCCAAUCCCAAUAGUCCAGCAAAUAGCCAGGCUGCUCAGCUGUACCAGGAGAAUAAGAGGGAAUAUGAAAAGCGCGUUUCUGCAAUUGUAGAACAGAGCUGGCGUGACUGUUGACCUCAGGUCGAAAAAAAGAAGAGGCUGGCUAUAAGCAAAUAUGAAUUGAUGUGUUUAUCACCUUCUUAUUCAAUGUUAUAUUACAUUUACUUUAUUAAAAGCAAAAUAGCUGUUGUGCUGUUUCCAUCUUCCCUUGCCAAGUUUUUCCUAGCCCUUCUACUCUCUUGUUAAACAUCAAAAAAACACCCUCUGAAAUCAAAUGUACUGUACCUGGGUUACUUGCAAAAAUUACUAAUGCUUAAUAUUUUUUGUUGUUGCUCAUCUCCAGCUUUCAGGCAGUUAUUUGUGUUACUAUACACUAAAUUUUUAAGAUGAAUGUUAUACAGUGGUUCUUACGCAUACUUUGAUGACCAGGAUGUUACUUUUAACAAAAUAAUUUGCUGAAGUAUUUUGUCCUGGCCAGUCUUUCCCUUGUGUGGCAAUUAUAAGGGAAUGUGUGAGUCUAUAUAGAAAAACAAAUUGAUAUAAAAAGCCAUUUUGAGAAGGGAAUGGAGUCUUAAAAAUUUCUGUAAUACUAAUUCUCAAGCAGUUCAAAUGAUAAGAUGGUAUUUAUCAGAAGGAAAGGAGAAUGUUAAAGGGCCCUGCAAAGGGACUGCACCAACACAGUAAGUGACAUAUCCACUCCUUGUAAGGCUUUGACAGGACCCAUCUGCGAAGUUUCAGAAUCCUUACUGGUCUUUUGAGUUUUUUUAUUUUUUUAGAGGUAUGGGAGCAAGGAAUGGAAACAGUCAUCAGUUUUGGAGCGAGGGAAAGUUGAAGAUCUUUUCAUUCAUUGAAGUGUUGCCCUAGAUGAACUUACAAUCCUUUAUGAGUUUAAUUAAAGAAGGGAGCAUAUCUGGCAAACUUGCUUUUCACUCAAAUCCUGAGUUACUACUGCAUGCUUUAGUUUCUUUUUCUGUUACAAGAACCUUUAAUCCAACAUUUACAAUCUUUUUUUGAUAUUUAUACUUUUAGCUAUACAGUCUGAGACAAAGCCUGUAAAUGUUUUGUCUAAUUUUCAUUGUUGCCUUUAUGCAUUUAUCCCUCUUCUAACUUUGCACAAGUAACCCAUGUAAAAAAUGUACAUUUUUCAAAAGCUGUAAAUAAAAAUAACCUUAAAAUUU